AUGUUUAAUAACUAUAAAGUAAAUUUAGAAAGACAUUGUGGAUUAACUAAAUUCCUGAAUACUCUUAAUGAACAACAAUAGAAUGAAUUGCUCUCUGUAAUUACAGAUAUUGAACAUCUUCUUAAUAACAAUAUGGAAGAGAAAGAGAAGUUAUUAAAUGUAGUAAACAAUAUGCAAAUUCAAACUUAAAAUAGUUUAGACUCUGAAUUUUUAAAGUAUAUACAAUGUCUAACUUAGAAAUGCAGAAUUGACUAAACAAAUUGCAUAACAGAAACAUAUUAUAUCAAAACAGAUUGAUGAAAUUGCUUAACUAAAUUAAUUUGUAAUUUAAAGAAAAAAAGAAAGAAGAAGUCUUUAUUCAUCUCCACUCCAAACAUCAAAUAAGUAAAUAAAUUAAUAAAACAUAUUGCCAAUAACAUCUGUAGAUUAUUAUCAGAAAAUAUUAGAGGAGGAAUGUAAGAGGGAAGACUCAAUUAUGAAAUUAUGGAAGAAACUAUAGAAAUAAAGUUUUGAGAAAGUUAAGACUCUCUAAGAAGCUUUAGAUUAUUAUCUUUUAGAUUAAUGUAAUAAAUAUGAAGAAUAUUUUGCAUUGUAGACUGAAAUAAUCAAUAAAUUAGAAGAUCAAUUAAAUAAAUAUAAAGUUGCUUUAAAAUUGAUAAUAUAAGAAAACUAUAAAAGACCAAUUUCUGAGUUAAUUGCAGUUGCUUAGUCAUUAAAUCAAGAAAAUGAAAUUUAAGAAUAUGACUAUGAAUAACUAAUUGAAACUCUUAUAGAUUUUAGUAAUAAAAGAGACUUAUUAUAUCAAUUAUAAUAAUAAGAAACUGAAGUAGUUUUACUUAAAAAUAAAGCUAAUAAUAAUGAAGAGUAUGAUAAAUUGAAUGAAUAAUAUAAUAAAUUAUAGGAAGAAUAUAAAAUUAUAGAUGAUUAAAGAAAAGAAUUAUUAAGUUUAAGUUAAUAAAUGAAUGAUAAGAUUACACUAUAAUCAAAUCAAAUUAAUUCAAUGAAUGAAUAAAUUGCUUAAUUAACAUCAUUAUUUGCUAAAUCUUUAUAAGAUUUAGAAAAUGUUUAAGAAGAAAAUGAAACUUUGAAGAAAUGCUAAUCAAAUUUCACAACUCGAACAAGUGAAGUUCAUAGUCGAUUCUCUGUUGGAUUAGAUGAUAAAUUAAUAAAAUGUUUUAAUUCAGUAUGUAGUAAUUAUAAUUCGCAAUCAACAAGACAUAAUAAAAGUAAAAAUAAGAGCAUGCUUAGUUAAUUAAGUAAAUCUACAUAUGGUGAUGGUGAAGAAUUAUGUAAUUUAUUAGAUCAAGUAUUGAAUUAAGGAUUCUCAUUGAAAAUAAUUGAAUCUAUUACUUAAUUAAGUAAUACAGGAUUACGUAAAAGAAUUAAAGAUCUUUUAUUUACUAUAUAUAAUAACAAUAAUGAAAUGGAUACUUUAUUUAAUUCAUUUAGUUCUUUAAUUCAAGAUUUAGAAAUUCCAUUUAAUAAUUUUUAAAUUAUUAAUGAAGGAUUUUUAAGUAGUACUUGUAAAUUAGAACAUAAUACUAAAUAAAUUUGUGAGUUAUUACAUCAUUUAGUUAAUAGUAAUAAUAAAAAAUAAACAACAAAACAUUGUGCAUAACAAAUUGGACUAUUAUCAAAAGUGCUCCUACAAUUAUGUCAAGGAAAUGAUGAUACAAUUGUUGAACAUAUUGAUAAACAUAUUGAAAUCUCAAAAUAACUCAAAGAUAAAAAAAAUAAGUAGUUUAGAGAUCUCCAAUUUAGUGCAUGUAAAAUGAUUAUGGAUAUCUUUAAGAAAUGGAAACAAAAUUAUAUUCAUAUUACAACUAUUUUAUAUAGUAUCCAGAGAGGUUUACAACAGGAUUAAGAAAUUCAUAUUCAAUCUUAUCUCAAUGAACUUACCAAGAGUGACCUAGGCAAGAGUAUAUAAAAAGAAUUGAAUAAAUUAUUUCAAUUACUUAUUUGAAAUGCAAGAAUCUAGAGUUUAAUUGGCCUUGCGAGAAAUCGCUUUCAUUAGGCAAUCCCUUUCUUCAAAAAAAAAGUACAUUCCUAUGAAAGAUGCUCUAAAUAACUUUUAGAGAGUAUUGGAAGAAAACAAAAAAAAUAAUGUGUAAGAAAUUCCCAGAGCAGAAAUAUAAAAGUGUUUAAUUCCAGCUCAAGGACAAUUAAGAUCAGCCAAGUUUCAUAUUUCCUUUAUAUCCUUCCUUCUCAAACUAAUCAAUUUGAAAGUUAUAAAUGAUGUAAAUGGCACAGUCCUAAUUAAUAGAUUUAAAUGAUUGAGGAUGUCCUUGAUUAUUUUUUAAAAAUCAAAGACAUUUAGAAAGAAGAACUCUAUUACAAACUUAUCUAAAGUUUUAAUACUUUUGUCCAUUCUGAUUUCAUAAAUUUUGGCAAUUUUAGUUUUGUUGAAAAAGUAGAAUUAUCAUUUCAUUAUUAGUGCUUAACCUUGGUAUUGUAUAUGAAAAAUUCAAAAAUUCCUAUCAUUCAUGGUCCAGCAGCCACUUCCUUAUAAAGACUAAUCGAGUUGCUUUCAGAAUCAACCUAAUUAAUAAUAGCAGGAUAGGGUUUCGAUGAAAUGAAUGUUGUCUUAGAUUUGGAUAAUCAAUAAGAAUAGAAUUAGUAAUAAAUGAUUUAACCAAUUGAUCAUUCAAAGGAAUUUUAGAAUUUGCAUUCAAUGUUAUCAGAUUUAAUCAAAUUAAUUGAUAAUGUAAAACCACAUUGGUAUCCUCUUUUGGUUCCUUUGGAUAGAGAAUUUGGAUUGAUAAGCAUCAAUAAUUUUCUUAGUAGCAUGGGGAAAUUCUUUCUCUAAUAUAAAACAAUAUCAGAAUUAUUAACCGAUAAUCUCAUUUUAAUUCUAAAGAAAAUCAUUACUACUCCUUUAAUUAAAAGUUCUUUGAUCAUUGAAACUUUUAAAUGUUUAAAAAUAUUAGUGGAGAAUGAACAAUCAGAAGUUGUUUGGAAUAUAUUGAUAAAUCAAAUAAAAUAAAAUGAACAUUCUAUUAAUAAAAACUUAGCAUUUUAAACAUUAAUAUAUUUUGUUUAGAAUUAAGUAUUUUUGAAUAAAUUAGUAUAAUUACUAAGCAAUGAAAAAGUAUAUGAAUAAUUAUAAUAUAGAAUAUCAUAUUAGAGAUAAUAACAACUUUAUCAAAUUUGGCUAAGGAAGUUUAGGAGCCAAGUGAAGCUGAAUAGAAAAGAUUAGUCGAAUUAGCUCAUCCUACAAUUAAUUUAGUAGAUAAUAGUGAAGUAUAUCCUAGUGAUAAUGGUUUAGUUUGUAGAAUGUUAAGUGAAUUUUAAUCAAGAUUUGUAAAUUCAUUAUGUGUUUAUGCAGAUUAAUAAAAAAUAUAAUUAGGUAAUCUAAUAAAAUUAUAAUAAAAUGACAAAUUUAAUUAACUUAUAGAAUUAACUUGGAAACAUAAUUUGAGGGCAAUCAAAUAUCUUUUAUUGAAAGAACUUGAUGAAUAAACAUUAUAAAAUCUAUUAGUUGCUUUUUAAUAAUACAUUAAUAUAGUAGGAUCUAUAUAAAUGAAAUCUGCAUAGAGUGCAUUUAUAAAAACAAUUUGUGAAUUUUGUAAACCUAUAUAGGGUUAUGAAUUUGCAAAGAAACAUAUACAAAUAAAUAAAAUGGUAUUAAAUAUAGCAAACUGUUUAGGAAGUAUGAUUAUUAAUAAAAAUAUUAGAUUUAUUGGAAUGUAGUAGUUGGAUUUGUAUCUUUAAAACAUUUGAAGAAUGUGAAAAUCAUUAUUUAAGAAAUAGAUUAGCAAAGAAUUCAAGUUAAGAGGAAUAAAUUAAAACUUUUGAUAUUACAAUAUUAUUUUAAAGUUUAGAUUAAUUGUUUUCUUAAAGUCCUACUUAUGGUAAUGAACAUUUAAUAACUGUUAUGGAUGCUAUUAAUUAGAUUACAAUUGAAUGUUUAGAAUAAUAAUAAAUAAUUGAAUAGAAAAAAACAAAUAUAUAAUUUGGAGAAUAGAAGAAGUAUUUUUCACUUUCUAAAUUGGUUGAAUUAAUAAAAUUUAAUGUAUUUAGAUUAGAUGUUUUUUGGGAAUUGAUAAUAGCUCAUUUUAUAUCAGUAAUAUCAUCACGUAAUACUAACUUAGUUUUAAAUGCAGCUGAUACUUUAUCUUAAAUUAUCUUUUAUGGAUUUGAAUAUUUAACUAAAUUUUAUAAAAAGAAUUAACAAUAACAAAAUCAAUAAUUUAUUAAAGAUAAAUGGUCUAAUAAAGAAUCCUUAUAUUAAUAGACACUAUUUUAACCAUGGUUAGAUAUGUGUACAUUAAGAUUAAAUGAUAUUAAAGAAAUAAUACUUACUAAUAUUUUAAAAAUGAUUUAAAAUAAUGGUCAUGAAAUAUCAAAUAAAGGUUGGGAUUCCAUAUUAACUUUAUUAUUAAAUAUUAGUUCAGAAUAAACAACUAUAUUUGUUAAAUAAGGAUUAGGAUGUACUGAAUAGAUUAUUAAUUAAUUUUUAUCUAAUUUGGAUGGUAAAUAAAUAUUUUAAUUAUUUGAUAUUAUUGAUAAUUUUAAAUCAAAUUCAAGUAUUAUUUUAUUAUUAUUAUAUUUUAGAUGAAUAGAAUAUCAAUUUUUAAAUAUGUAAUAUGUUAUGGCAUCUUGGAGAUUACAUUACUAAAAAUAAUUCAAAUUAAGAAUAAGGAAAUUUAAUUACAAAUGAAUAAUUAGAAAUGAAUUUAAAAGAGAUAUUUUAAAAAUUGUCUAUUAUUGCACUUGAUCCAAUACCUGAAAUUAGACAUUCAGCUAUUCAUAUUUAUAGUAAUUUACUAAUACAUCUUAAUUCAUAAAAUUAAUAUCUUGAAUGGAAAAAGAUUUUGGAAGAGAUAUUUUUAGAAUUAAUGCAUAAAAUCAUUUAAGUAUUCUAGGAUAAAAAUUAAGCUAAAGAACUUGAUGUCUCAUAAUGGGAGGAAACAGUAAAAAGUGUCUAUUAAGCAUUUGUUAAAUUAGUAAAAAAAUACUUUGUUGUUAUAGAAGAAUCAUCACCUAAUAAGUAAAUUAAUAUAUGAUAUUUAGAGAUUAAGAUAUUGAAGCCUUAAUUCGUUAAUCUAUUCCUGAUUUCAUUAUUGUGUUUUAAUAAAAUAAACCAUUAUUAAGUAUGGAAGCAACAAAAUAAUUAAGAGAAUUAUUUUUAUAUCAACCAAUAAUUUGUCUUUAAAAUUUUGAAGAGAUUUUAAAUCAAAUAUCAGAAAUGUUUAAUUUCCCUUCUUCAGAUAUCAAAUAUUUAAAAACAGUUAUUUUACAUAUAACACCAGAUGUUUUAGAAUUAUUAAAUGACAUUUUUAAAUUAAGCAAAGAUAUAUUAAUUGAAUAAGUAAUUGAUACCUAUUAUAAAAUAUUGGAAUUUCCAUUGAUUGCACAUAUGAAAAUUGAUUUAAUUCAAAAUAAAAUAUUUUUUGAGGAUAAUUUAGCACCUAAACAAAUUUUAAUAACAUUGUCUUAAACUUUACCAAAAUAAAGUCCUAAAUUAAUUUAAAGAAUUAUUUACAAUAUUAAAGAAUUAAUUAAAGAACCUCCAAAUGAUAAAUAUAAACAUAUGUUAUUAAAAAGGCAUUUCACUUAGUUUAAUAUGAUGAUGGAUAACAACAUUUAACUUUUUUUUUAAUUUUAAGAGUUAUAUGAAUAUAUCCUAAUAACAAUGAGAAAUAAUGAUCAAUAUAUUUAUUAUUCAGAAUUACUUAAUGAAGAUAAAUCAAUUUAUAUGAUGAUGGCAGAAAAUUAUUUAUAAAGAGCAAAAAUCUAUCUUCAAACAAAUAAGGAAGAUUCACUCAAAAUACUAUCAGCAUUACAAUAAGUUUUACCAGAUAAACUCAUUUUAGAUAAAUAAUUAGGUUAAAACAAAAUUUUAUAAAAUGAAAAUUAAUCCUUAGAACUCUAUUAUAUUGAAUUAAUAACAGAAAUAUAUAGAGGUAAUCCUCAAUUAUCAGAAACAUCUGAAUUUUAAUAAUUUAUACAAAAAUUACAUGAAAUGUCAGCUAAUUCUUAGAUAGCAAUUAAUAAAUUAUGUUUAUUAUCUUAAAAUUAAUUUGUUAUACCAUAUUUAUUAGAUGCAAGUCAAAAAAUAUUAGAGAGAGGAAUAAUAGAUGAAACAAAUAAUUAAAAAAUUAUUUUAGAUUUACUAAACAAUCUUUAAUAAAUUUCUAUUCCUGAUAAUUCAUUUCUAUUAUUUUAAUAAUUAAGUGGUGAUUUUAUAGCUUAUCCUGAAUCAUCACUUUUAUAAAGUGUAUUUGGGCAUCUAUUUUAUUUAAUGCCAUAAAUGGUUUAAAUUAUAACUCAUAAAUCUGAAGAAGUUAGAAUAAAAGUAAAAGAGAUAUUAGAGCAGAUCUCAUAGAUUAUUUUAAAAUAAUAAUUAUAAAAAUGA